CAGUUUUGUGUCUUUGUGUUCUUGAGUUCAGUCACAUGUGAAGCGUCAUGUGGGUCGUUUGUUCUGAAUGAGGGUGCACAGCCGUACAUUUUGUGUCAAUAUGCAGAGAAAUGCAUAUAUGUUCCUGCUCUUUCUAUUCUGUGCACCUACGGAGUUAAAAGGUGCAUCUCCACCAGGGAAACCAAUCUUCCUCAGAUGUCGGUCCCCUGAAAAAGAGACGUUUAGCUGUUGGUGGGAACCAGGCUCUGACGGGGGGCUGCUGACCUCACAUCGCCUCUACUACCAGAGAGAAGAUAUGCAGGGAACAUACGAGUGUCCAGAUUACCAAUCUGCAGGUGAGAACUCCUGCUUCUUCAGCAAGAACCACACGUCUAUCUGGGUCAGCUACAUCCUGACCGUGGUGGCCUCCAACGCCCUCGGAAACACCACUUCAGACCCUCGAGAGGUGGACGUCAUGAAUAUCAUGCAGCCCAGCGCUCCUGAGAAUGUUACGCUUUUUGUGGAAGAGACAAAAAAAAAUCCACAUCUUCAUAUCAGUUGGAAGCACCCUCCCAAUAUAGACAUCCAGUCUGGCUGGGUCACUGUUUUCUACCAGCUAAGAGUCAAACAGGAGAGGAGCAGCAAGUGGGAGGAGUAUGUAUCAGGAAAACAAAGCCAUUUCAUUGUGUAUGGGCUCCACCCUGGGCUGGUUUACACAGUUCAGGUGCGCUGUAAACUUGACCAUGGUGACUGGAGUGAUUGGAGCAACGCAACCUACAGGAAAAUUCCUGACUAUAAUCGGAAGGAUAAACACUUUUGGAUAUUGGUUUCUGCCAUCUCUACAUUGACAGUAGGAGCUGUUUGUAUGUUGAUCAUUAAUAGGAACCGUUUGAAACAACUUCUAUUGCCUCCUGUCCCUGGACCAAAGAUAAGAGGAGUUGAUUCUCAGCUUCUUAAAAAUGGGCGCCCUGAAGAUUUUGUUAGUGGACUGAUCCUCAGUCACAGCUUUCCUCCUGCAAUACCUCAGAAGGACCAAACAGAAGACUACCUUAUCAGGUUUGACAGCAAUGAUGGGUCGCUGAUAGAUCAUCCCAACUCAAAGAGGAGAAGCUUGAAUUUUCCUGCUGGCUUCCAUUUCCAUUCAGAGAUCACACACACAGAGUCACCCCUGAAUCAGAAUGAGACAGCCAGACAGAGAAGAAACGACUUGAACAACUUUGUAGAAAGCACUACGUCUCUCUCAGGAGAGCUUUGGUUUGCCAUGGAGACACUUCAUCUGCAAACCAAGAAAGGACCGUGCCAAAAUAUUAACUUUGGCAGUGAAUGUCACACAGAGGCGUCAUGUCCUGACCACCCUGCCGAGAGUACAAUCAGGACUGCAGGCAAAGGUUACAUAGCUAUUCAAGAGAACACAGACGUGAGACAGAUGGACUACAGCAAGGUAACAGAAAUCAACAGUAACAACAUACUCUUCCUCCAGAAAGAAAGUGGCUCAUUUAACAGUUAUCUUGAAGACAGCGGAUGCACGGACGAUCGGGAUUAUAGCAAGGUGAAAGAGGUGAGUGGUAUCCACACACUUUUCCCGCAGAAAGAAAGUGCUUCAGUGAAUCCAUACUACACUAAAGUGUGUAGACAACACACAGAAUGCACAAAUCAGAGGCAAGAAAAUCCUCAGCCAGCUGGACUCUCCAGAACAGGAGUAUGCACAGAACUCAGUAACAGCGAAUAUGUACAAGGUAACCCUUUACCACCUGUAACGUAAACAUUUUCUGACUGCUGAACCUGUGAAGAUCACUUUUGCUAUGUUUGCAGUUACACUUCCAUAAACUGUUACAAGUGGCUAAACUACACCAUCUUGAGUUUGUACUAUUGUAAUUUUGUAUACUUUUUAAUCACCAGGGUGAUUUUGUUAUACUCAAAAUGUAUCCAAAGUAGUAAAUUCAUUUUUUCCAACAAAAAAAUGGUUGCUUUUAACAAAGGUUAAUUGUGUGUUAUCUGGUGUAUAAAUAAAUGAAAUCCAUGCAACUGUGUUUAUAGCAGGAAAGUUUGAUAACUUUACAGGUUUAAGCUCUGGUGAUUCCGUAAUUCAUGACAGUCUUUGUAUUAAUUGUAUGAUGUAAAAAUGGCCGAGUCCACAAAUUAUUGUAAGUAAGAAGUUUAUCAUUGUUAAUUGAUCAUUUAUUGUGACUUCUCCUGUUGGUGUGCAUGUUCAGAGCUGCCACUGUGUUUAUGUGGCAAGUUUUACACAGAAUGCCCUUCCUGAUGCAACGCCAGAUGGACAAGGAGACCGGGGAUGGCUGUCCUCUUCAUUGGGAAACAAGCAUAGUAUACUAACCUUGUGCCAGUUUGUUAUUGCUAAUAAAUUGUGUUUUUGUUGGAAUACAUGAAAUAUUGGUUUGGGCCUAUAUCAAUGACACCAGUAAAAAAAAAUAAUAAAUUCAGCCACGCGUUACCAGUUGACCUAUGUGUGAAGUAUUUUUUUGUUUGAGAGACAGCCCAACUAGGAGGUCCCAGAGCCUGUUUCUACUCUGUAUCUCCUUCCUGAGUGCCUCAGGGAUAUGUACUUGGGUCCCUGCUGAAUGUGGCAAACUGCCCAAUGUGCACUGAAAUACUCCGCUUUUCUUCGUCACUGAUGAAAUUUUAUUUUAAUGGGUCAUCAUUUGCUACCACAAACUGGUUUUUCCAUUCUCUCUUGUGACUGAGUACCUUUUAAUGAAACCACUAAGGCCCUGAUUUAUUAGAGGUUUGCAUGUAUAAAAAGGUGCAGAAACACCAUAGGU